AUGGAACGAUAUUUUAAGAGAAAGUUUUCAUCAACUACCUGUAGUUCGGAUAAUGUGGGUAUUUCAAGAGAUGUGGUGGGUAGUUCGAAAGAAAGUAAGUUGCAAGAUGUAUUGGCUAAUCUUCCUGCAGACCCUGGACUUCGACCUCAAAUGUUGGAUUAUGAUCCUAACAUUCGAGAAGAAGUUCGAAGAGCAUAUCUACAGAAGGGUCCAUGUCAACCUAAGGAUCACACAUUUCCACAAAUCGAUCUUUCAGGGUAUGAUCGACGCUUUAAUGUCAAGUGGUUUGAUGAGUUUGACUGGUUGGAGUACAGUCUUCCUUUUCGUGACAAUGAUGAGAGUGACCCUUCAAACAACAAGAGGAAUUAUGUAGAACUCUUACAAUUUCUUGCUGAUCAUGAUGAGAAAGUUAAGGCUGUUGUGUUGGAAAAUGCUCCAGAAAAUCUCAAGCUAAUAGCUCCAACAAUUCAAAAAGAUCUUGUGAAUGCUUGUGCAACUGAAACUAUUAAGAAAAUCAUUAAGGACAUGGAUGGUGCAUUCUUCUCCUUAUUAGUUGAUGAAUCACGUGAUAUAUCAGUCAAAGAACAAAUGGCGGUGGUGUUUUAUUAUGUGAACAAAAGAGGGUAUGUAAUUGAAAGGCGACGUGACAUGCUUAGAGAUCAACUACAAAAGGAUAUUACAGAAGCUCUUGAAAAUGAUGAUCUUCCAAUAGAGCGAGGCUUAAAUCAAGAAAAUUCUCUCAAGCGUGCCGGUGAUACAUUUUGGAACUCACAUUAUGAUACAUUACUUAGUAUCAUUUCCAUGUUCAAAACCGUGGUGAAAGUGCUUAAAUUGGUUAUUGAGGAUGGCUCCACUAAUAAUAUAGGUGAAGCAAAUAGGUCUUUGAGAGAAAUACAAUCUUUUGAGUUUGUAUUUCACCUAUUUUUUAUGAUAUCUUUAUUGGGAGCCACAGAUGAUUUUUCACAAGCAUUACAAAGAAAAGACCAAGAUAUUGGGAAUGCAAUGUCUUUCGUCAAAGAUUGCAAGGACACACUACAAGAUAUGAGAGAUAAUGGAUUUGAAGUCUUGCUUGAUCAAAUAUUUUCUAUUUGUGGCAAACAUAAUAUUGAGGUUCCAGGCAUGGAUGAUGCAUAUGUAGCUCAGUGGAGAGAUCACAUCGCAGAGCUCCUAGAAUAA